UGGUCAGUGAGGAGAGAGGGAGCCACUAAACAGAGCUCAUUGAGGAUCUGACAGAGUCUCUGCAGAGAGCCCAGAGAGCCCACUCUAUGAAGCCACUGGUUCUCUAAAGAUACCAGUUCAACUCCAGUUUAUUUCCAGUUUAGCUCCAGUUUAAUUCCAGUUUAAUUCCAGUUUAACUCCAGUUUAACUCCAGUUUAAUUCCAGUUUAACUCCAGUUUAGCUCCAGUUUACUGGUCUUUAUCUCCACUACAGACCCGUUGGACUCUCCGGACUGUUUUCAUCCUCUUUUAUCUGACUUCUCAGGGCUGCACCAGGCUUUUCUCACAGGCUCUGGUGUUUUCCUGGUGAUGACCUCACUGCUGUUUCCUGGCAACGCCCACGCUGCGAUGAAGGACCUCUCCUCCUCCUCCUCUCCUCUCAGCUCCCUGCUCCACUACCCGUCUUCCAAAACCUCCGUCGUGCCGUUCUCCCCGUCCGCCGGUGCCGCCUCCUCGCCCGGGUCAUCGCUGUCGUCGGCUCCGCUCUCCAAACCUCAGCCCUUCUGCCUCCAGACGGGGCCGCACCUCAUCGCCAGCAUGCAGCUGCAGAAGCUCAACUCGCACUACCAGAACCUCGCCGGCACUGCUGCCGGACACCCAGCACCCGGUGGCGCUCAAAGGGGCUUUGGUGGAUCGCCUCUGGGUACAGGUAACCAGCUUUUGGGGCCGUCCGGAGGCCUCGGUGGAGGUGGGAUGGGCGUCGGCAUCAGCAUGGGGAACCAAAGCGCCGGUGCGGGUGGAAUUAUCGACUUUGAGCCCGUGGACGAGGAGGUUCUCAUGUCUCUGGUGGUGGAGCUGGGUUUGGACCGAGCCAACGAGCUGCCUGAGCUCUGGCUGGGUCAGAACGAGUUUGACUUCAUGUCAGACGUGCCGGCCGGAUGCUGACCUACGAAUAGAGAAACUAUCGAGAUGCAGCGGAAUUGAUUGACAAAGAGAGAGAAGACUUUCUCUCCUCUGUUUUGUUCUCUUUCCUCCCUUCCUUGGUUGAUGAAAUGAGGAAACUGAAGAGACGCUGAGUGAUAAAGAGAAAGAGAUUAGAGGCAUUGUUUCUAUUUGCCGUUCGUGCGCUCUACGUGCAGACGGGCGGAUAAAAGAAAAAGACAGCUUUCGAUUUUUGUUGUUUUUCGUUUCAAUCAAUCAGUGCAUUUGUCUCUUCUAGGAUGAAACUGGUGAUUGAAACCAACCUGAUGGGAUUAAGAAGUCUUUUGUUUUGCCAUCUCAUCACACUGAUUUUUCCUGUCAUUUAAAGAAACAAAGGAAGCAUGAGCAGAACAGAAACAAGGACUCUUUCUGCCGUUUAAUGAAAACAAGGUGAUUGACAGGUGGUUGGAGACGUUUCUAACCCUUUGGAAACAAAACAGUAGAGACGACAUCGACACACCUGUUGGACUCUCUUAGUGCUGUUCUCUCUCUCGAUCAACCUAAGGAAAAUGAAAAUGGGAAACAAGACAUUAUGGGAGAUUUGCGAAGGAUGACAAACACCACGUUUCCUGUUUUCUUAAUGGA